AUGAACAUAGAUGGGACUAACACAGUGGCAUGCCUCAAACCCAUUGACACAGACACUUCUAAGGCUACAACAAUUACUCCUCUGCCACACAUGUUUGUGAUCAAAGAUUUGGUUGUUGAUCUCACCAAUUUCUUCCACCAGUACAACUCUUCAUGCCCUUCAUAUUGGUGGAACCCAGAGCAGUUCCUUGGACCAGCAACAUUGCUCCAGGCUUAUCGUUGGAUCUCCGACAGCAGAGAUGAUUUCACAGAGCAGCGACUGCAGUCAUUGACGGAGGACGAAAGGCGUUUAUUCCGAUGCAGGACGAUAGAGAACUGUACAGCCACUUGCCCCAAAAGCCUCAACCCUGCAAGAGCUAUCAGCAAGAUGAAAGCUAAGAGUCUACUUUCUAAAGAAGUGUAG